AUGGUCCGAGUAAUCAGCCCCACAGCAGCCACCCUGCUCCUAUGCAUCAUCGCAAUGCUCUCCGCGCAAGUCAUUGCGCAAAGCAGCGGCUCCUCUUCAUCCUCAGGAUCUUCAUCACCCACUUCAUCUUCCAACUCGACCUCAUCUUCCAACUCGACCUCAUCUUCCACUUGGUCGUCACAACGAUCCACCGAUGCAGUUGCGACGCUGGGCACUCUUCUCACUUUCUCCUUCGGCUCUGUCAAUACUGCUACCUCCACCACCGCUUCCAAUUCCACAUCAGUGACCUCGACCUCCUCCUCUUCGAUUUCAACGAGCUCGUUCACAAGCUCAUCAUCUUCCAUGACAAGCACCUCAAUGGCUCCCGGUGCAACCAGUUCUAGAGCUCCCAACGCAGCAUCAGCACAGAUGGGAUUGGAUUGGAUGCAUGGUCAUCUUGUCUUGCCAAGUGCGACACUGCUUGUGGUGCUGGUCAGCAGCAUUUGCUUCCUUCUCUAA